AUGUGUCCCACCGCCGAGGCCGCCGCGGCGUUUGCCCGGCUCCGCUCAGCACGGCUCAGCUUCGCCGGGAGUUGUGCUCAGAGUGCCCGGAGCCCCAAAGCCGAGGAGUCAACCUUUCCGGUGAACACAGCUCGGUGGUCGCCGGCGCUCCGUAAGACGCUGCCGAAGAGGGGAAGGGGCUUAGCAGAUCUGGGGACCCCAGAGGCAGCGCGGGGAGCGGGCGGGGUGACGGGGAGGCGCCGCAGGGGCGGGAGUGGCCGGGGCAGCGCCACCGGCGGGGGGAGGCGCCGGUGCCGGCGGCGCGGGGUGCGCGGCGCAGGGGCGGCGGCCCCGCAUCCCGGGCGGGCGGCAGGUGCGAGCGGAGCAGAGCGGCGGUGCAGCGGGGCGGGGUGGCUGGGAAGGGAAGGGAUGGGCUGCGCACCCAGCAUUCACGUCUCGCAUAGCGGUGUGAUAUACUGCCGGGACUCGGAGGAGUCCAACUCCCCCCACCAGACCACCACGAUCUCGCAGGGCACCACCACCCUGCACGGCCUCUUCGUUAAGACAGACGCGGCCGACUCCAUCCCCUCCGUCCUCGCCUACCAGAGCCAGCAGCCGCCGCCCUCCGCCGGCCCCCGCCGCAAGGAGCGCAGGGAGUCCGGCGGCGCCUCCGCCCGGUCCAGGACGCCCCACUGCUGCAGCGUCGAGGCGGACACCCAGACCAGCAGCUCCAGUGCCAAGGUAAGAGGUCGCCGCUCCGGAGGGAUUUCCGGCGGUCCCGGUGCGGGUCCCCGCCGGCCGCGGCAGAGGGAGGACGGUGUGCGGACCCAGCGCCUCCCCUGCCGGAGGAUGCUCGGCGGGCGGGAUGCAGCUGGCAGGAGCGGUGCCCUAGUGCCCACUGACUCACCGCAGCUGCGGCGGCCGGGCCGGGCCGGGCUGGCACUGCUGCGGGGGGGCCGCCUCGCCUGGAGCUCGCCGGGGGGAGCAGCAGCCGCCGGGCCCCUCGGGCUCUCUCCGCCUUUCUCCGCCCCGAACCACAGCCUUGGUGCGGCUCCGGGGCGCCCUGUGCUGGGAUCGGCCACGCACACCCAGAGAGCGGGGAAAGGGCUUGUUUUGAGCUCUGUGGCUGAUGGCAGAGAGGCUGUGGAGAUGCUCCUGGAGGAGCGGGCGGCGGCUGUGUCUGUAGGGUACCUGGAAGACUUGGUCCCCCUCUCAGUGGCUAAGGUUUUGCUAAUCUUUGCAAAAGAAGACAACCAAAGCAAUGGUUUCUGGUGGGCUUGUGACAGAGCAGGAUACAGGUGCAAUGUUGCCUGGACUCUGGAAUCAGCACUUGAAUGUUUCCUGGAUAAGCACCAGGAAAUAAUUGUCAUAGAUCACAGGAACUCCAAGUAUUUUGAUGCAGAAGAUAUCUGCAGGUCUAUUCGUGCCACAGAGCUAUCAGAGCAUACUGUAAUACUUGCUGUGGUUCCACGCACAUCUGCUGACCAAGAAGAGACUUCUGUUCUCCCCCUUCUUGAUGCAGGCUUUGAUAGGCAAUUCAUGGAGAACAGCAGCGUAACUGCUUGUUACAAUGAACUGGUUCAAAUAGAACGUGGGGAAGUGCGAUCUCAGUUCAAAUUACGGGCUUGUAAUGCAGUGUUUACAGCAUUAGACCAUUGUCAGGAAGCUGUAGAAAUAACCAGUGAAGAUCAUGUCAUUCAGUAUGUUAAUCCAGCCUUUGAACGGAUGAUGGGGUACUGCAAGGGAGAACUUAUUGGCAAGGAGCUUACUGAACUACCUAAAAGUGAUAAAAACUCUGCAGAUCUUUUGGACAACAUAAACACAUUUAUUAAAAAAGGAAAAGAAUGGCAAGGAGUUUACUAUGCAAGAAGGAAAUCAGGAGAUAGUAUCCAGCAGCACGUGAAGAUAACACCUGUGGUUGGUCAAGGAGGGAAAAUAAGACACUUUGUGUCCCUCAAAAGACUACAUUGUACCAAUGAAAACAACAAACAGCUCUCCAAGAGUCACCAUGAGGAUAAGUGCACUGGAGACAAUUCCCAGUCAGAAUCUGGUUCUUACACGUGCAAGAACAGAAGGAAAGACUCAGUUGAUGUUAAGUCAAUAACAUCUCAAAGUAGUGAUGCUCCAAGUUUACAGACCCGACGCUACUCCUCAAUGGCACGGAUUCAUUCUAUGACAAUAGAAGCUCCUAUCACAAAGGUUAUUAACAUAAUUAACGCUGCCCAGGAAAACAGCCCGAUCACAGUAGCAGAGGCGUUGGACAGAGUUCUGGAAAUCCUGCGGACAACAGAACUUUAUUCCCCUCAGUUAGGUACCAAAGAUGAAGAUCCUCACACAAGUGAUCUUGUUGGAGGUCUGAUGAACGAUGGCUUGAGAAGACUGUCUGGAAAUGAGUAUGUGUUUUCUAAGAAUACGAACCUGAGCCAUACUCACCUUCCAGUGCCAAACACCAUCAAUGAUGUUCCACCCUGUAUUGCACAGCUCCUAGAUAACGAGGAAAGUUGGGACUUCAAUAUUUUUGAGUUGGAGGCUGUUACAAAUAAAAGGCCAUUAGUGUAUUUGGGCUUAAAAGUUUUUGCCCGGUUUGGGGUCUCUGAGUUUUUAAACUGUUCAGAAGCAACACUGCGGGCAUGGCUGCAGGUCAUUGAAGCCAACUACCAUUCCUCCAACUCAUACCACAACUCCACACAUGCGGCAGAUGUCCUGCAUGCUACUGCCUUCUUUCUCGGGAAGGAGAGAGUUAAGGGAAGUCUGGACCAUCUAGAUGAGGUAGCUGCAUUAAUAGCUGCCACCAUUCAUGAUGUUGACCAUCCUGGACGGACCAACUCUUUCCUGUGCAAUGCAGGCAGUGAAUUAGCUGUCCUUUACAAUGACACAGCUGUAUUAGAGAGUCAUCACACAGCACUGGCAUUUCAGCUUACAAUAAAAGACAGCAAAUACAACAUUUUCAAGAAUAUUGAUAGAAAUCGCUACCGGACAUUGCGACAGGUCAUUAUUGAUAUGGUUUUGGCAACAGAGAUGACAAAGCACUUUGAGCAUGUGAACAAAUUUGUGAACAGUAUCAACAAGCCUAUGGCAUCUGAGGAGAGCAGCCCACACAAUGAAGGCAGCAACACUGAAUGCACAACCAACAUAAAGAAUUUUCCAGACAACCAGACACUGAUCAAGCGCAUGAUGAUUAAAUGUGCAGAUGUAGCAAAUCCAUGUCGCCCCCUAGAGCUAUGUAUCGAAUGGGCAGGUAGAAUUUCAGAGGAGUACUUUGCACAGACUGAUGAAGAGAAGAGACAGGGCCUGCCUGUUGUAAUGCCAGUAUUUGAUAGAAACACCUGCAGCAUCCCCAAGUCCCAGAUUUCCUUCAUUGAUUAUUUUAUAACAGAUAUGUUCGAUGCAUGGGAUGCAUUUGCACAUCUGCCAGUUUUGAUGCAACACUUGGCUAAUAACUACAAACACUGGAAAACACUGGAUGAUUUGAAGUGCAAGAGUCUCAGGCUCCCAUCAGAAAACAACAACUGAUACUCAGUCAAGAAAACCAGACCUCUUGCUCUACCAGUUUCACUGUGAAUCACUUACAAAAACUCUUGGCUAUAAAGGGGAUUAAUGUUGCUUUUCCAGUGAAAUUAAGACUGCAUGACAUGAAGGAAAUAUUUUACUCAUUUUUAAGCUUCUAUGAAUUCUACAGAAAAAUGUUUUUAGAGGCUAUAUAAACCACAGAUGACUAAGUGCUCUUCAGAAAUAAUAUUUUGUGGCAGAAAAUGUACUUCUAAAACUAGUUUCUAAUACUGAAUAUGCACUUGCUGAAUCUUGUAGUUGAUACAACUAUAUUCACUAACACUUCACACAACUGUUUUUCAGAGAGGGGGGUAAUCUAGUCACCAAGAGAGUAAGAACAGCCUAACAAAUAAGGACAGAAACUUGCCACUUAUCUAGCAUAAAUUUGUUCUAAUUCUGUCAAUGUUCUUCAGCUCUAUGAACCAUACUUCUAAAGAGAACAUGCACAGCAAAACAAGUAAAUUUUAGUAAAUUAGAUACAUAAAAAACCUAAACAUGACACCUUUUAAAACACCUUCUUAUUACAGAGACUCUCUCAGAGCACCACCCAUUCUUUCUUUUAUAUAGAAAAUCUUGGUAGCAGUCAAUGUUCUCUAAAACUGAUCACACAAUACAGGAAAAUAAGCAUGUUCUGUCUAGGCAGUGCCAUCCACAUGGUUCCCUGCCAUCUUGCAGAUAUUAUCACAAAAGUUUUCAUCAAAUUUUACACAAAAAACUAUUGUGGCACUUGAUCACCAUACUUUUUUAUAAAAACGGUGUUUGUAAACAUGGUCAUCAAUUUAUUAAACUGAUCUAAAUUUUAUGCCAAGCUCAUUUAUUGUGCUACUUCUAGGAUGAACCUAUCACUUUUUAAAAGAAGUUUCCAGGCUAUAAUUUAUAAAAGCAUUAUAAUUUGUACUGCUUUAUCUUCCUAAUAAAAUGCUGAUUGGUUUUGUGAUGUAAGAAAUAUGUAUAUCAGUUGGAAAUCAAAUAUAGUUCUUCAUUAGUUCCAAGAUAUGAAAUUUAUGCUAAGGCUUUUAAAGCACAAAUGUGUAUUUUUGUACAUCUCAUUUUAAUCACAUGCAGAACAUGAGUUUAAAUUUUAGACUAUUCUCAGACUAUUCAGUAAAUAAAUACUGGCAGAACUGCUGAUUUUUAACACUGUGCACUCCAGGCUGCAAGCAAGACUGUCAAAGCUGUGGCUGCAGUUAAAGAAGCAGUCCACCUACCCUGUGCUGUAUCAAAAAUCAAACUGGGUAAAAGAAAAGGGGAAAAAAAAGCAAACAGCAUAGAUUGCUAUGGAAGAAUAGUGACAAUGCUGUUUACUGCAGGUAGCUUACAUAUGUGCCAACCUUUUUUGUAUGUUUUGUACCAAGUUCUGAAACAAAAGGCAACAUUCAUAAAAUGUAUGUGCAGAAGAAUGUAUAGAAGCUAUAUUUUUGUUAGAAUUGUAACAGAUCCUUACUUUUGUCAUAGCCAAGGCAGGUUGCUGUGUAUUAAAAUGCCGCAUUGUGUUUAUUUGAAGAAUGGUGUUUCUGGUGAAGCAUGGUUAUUCAUUCUUUCCUAUUAUCUAUGGCAACAUUCUUCAGUGGAUUUUUAUUCAGAGAAGUUGAACCUCUUUUUUAAUACUGUAUACUGUUUGCUUUUACCAUUUCUUUAUUUAGAACUAGUGCUCUUAGUGGUUGUACCUUAACUAUUCUGAACUGAACAUUCACUGCAGCUUGCAUUAGAAGAAAGAAUUUCCCAAGAUUUAAGCUUUGUUAAUUUGAUUUGUUAAAUAUAGCAAUGUUGUAAGACCAUAUCCAUGUAAAACAUAGUUUUUGUCAAACUUCUGUCACACAGACCAAAAUGUCAACAGUGGAAGGCAUCAAAAAAAUAAAGUUCUACUUGUGAACCAGAA